AAAAUUAAUGGAAAUAUGUCCUUCUCGAUUGAAAGUUUGUAUUUUACCAGAAAAUGGCAAUGUUAAAAUUAAUUUUAUACAAACUCACAUUGGUCAUGACAAUGACUUGGAUCAUUUGAAUAUUACUAAAAAUGGAAAAAUAGAAAUAGCUAGUAAAAUUGCUUCGAAAAUUCCUCUUGUUUCCAUAUUAGAUGAGAUUAGAGAUUCUGCAACUAAUAAUAAGUUGGAAAGGAUGCAUAUCUUAACAAGAAAAGAUCUUCAUAAUAAAUCACAAACUUUUAAUUUAAAUUCUGAUGGAAUUCGCCAUAAAAAUGAAGUUAUAAGUAUUGAAUCCUGGAUUGAAGAAGCCAAGAAUAGUGGAAUAAUUUUAUAUUACAAGCCACAAGGGGCUCUAUGUAAUGAUUUUCCUUGUUUAAAAAAUGAAGAUUUUCUUUUAAUUGUUAUGCAUCCUGGUCAACUGGAAGUGUUAGACAAAUACUCAGAAGAUGUAAUUUGUAUCGACGGAACACAUGGACUUAAUGCUCAUGAUUUUGAACUUACUACAUUGUUAAUAUUGGAUGAUAUGAGGGAGGGAUUUCCUUGUUGUUUUAUGAUUGGAAAUCGGUCUGAUGAGGAAAUAAUGACUAUUUUUUUCAUGAAGAUAAAAGAAAAUUUAGGAAGAGUAAUCAAACCCAUGGUUUUCAUGUCAGACAUGGCCCAAUAUUACUAUAAUGCAUGGCUCCAAAUUAUGACUCCAGCUAAAUUCAGGCUAUUUUGUUCCUGGCACGUAGAUAAAGCGUGGCGGAAAAAUCUAAAUAAAAUUGAUGGUCAAGAGCAAAAGGUAACUUAAAUAUUUAAUUUUUUUGCCCA